AUGGCCCCGGACCAUCAGGAUGUCAUAGUCGAGGAAGUGUUAAAAAGGAGAAAUCUCCUAUGGGACAGAUCCGGCAAUAGGGAACUCAACUGUAAUCACAAAAGGACACAGGCUUGGAAGGAGAUACGAAGAAUCGUUUUUGAGAAGCUGCACGUAAACGAAGAGUUUCAGGCGCCACCUCCUUCUGAAAGUAGCGCGGAAUUCAGUGGAUCGCAGGAAAAGGAGUUCUUGAAGCAGUUGUCAACUUUUGAAAGCGAUAGCGAGAGCGAUACUGCCGAUGAAAUCCCCCGGAAGCGUUCUCAUCGCUCUAACGCGCAACAAGAAUUGUUAGAAGAGCAGACAAAAUAUAUAAGAGCCAAGCGCAUGUACUUGGAAAAAUAUGCAAUUCUGAACAAGGUCGACGCUCUGGUGGAUCGAAUACAAAUCAACACCAACGUGCAAACAUCCGGCCCCCCACAGAAACAACAACGAACGAAAGUCGAUGACAACAUCGAGGAGUCCCUGCUAUCAUAAUGUUAUAUAAUUAUGGUUUCAUUCGUUAUAUUUACUGUUCGUUAGUCUUUAAGAACAUCGAUGCUAUUUUUAGUCAAGUUUUUACUACUUGCACUGAUGAUAUAAUAA